UCCAUGAAUUAAAGACAGAAAAGAGGAAGUGAUCAAGCGUAAAAGCACGUGCUGUCCAAGGCUAGAUUCUGUAAAAACGCUGGAAUGGAUAAAGUGUUCUGGCGGUGAAAAAACAACCUUGCUGCUUGCUUUGUACAUAAGGGAGCUUAGGGGAAGAAUUUCACUUGCAGCACUUAUUUAUCUCUCAGCGCAAGUUGGAGUGUUACUGUCACGCAUUCUAUUUGCAUUUGAAAAAAGUUAUUCAUUUGGUCGGCUCAGUCUUCAGUAUAACGUAGAUAACGAGCACACCACAGAAACAUAUUUUGAUGUUUCCAUCAAGCCUAAGCUCAGCGAAAAAAUUGUGAAUUCUGUAUUUUUGAUUCUGGAGAUGUCAAAAACGCAAAGCAAGCAGACAGAAAAUCAACACCGUAUCAAUCCUAGGCCUUAAUAGUUUCGGAAUGUUUUGAAAGCUGGCGGUCUAAUCAGAAGUGGAAGGAAAGUUCAGCCAUGAACCCCAAAAACUACGAAGAAUUGGAUCUUAUAGGCAGAGGGGCAUAUGGUACUGUUUUCAGAGCGAGAGACCACCUCAAUGACAGAAUGGUUGCUUUGAAGCGGGUGCGAAUUCCUACCACGGAAGAAGGACUGCCUGUUUCAACAAUUCGAGAGAUAUCUAUGCUGAAGCUUCUUGACAACGAUGCCCAUCCAAAUGUCGUGAGGCUGUAUGAUGUAUUUCAAACAAUAUCAAGGUCUUUUGAUCGAAGGGAAUGUAUCUUGACAUUGGUUUUUGAACAUGUAGAUCAAGACCUGGCCCAGUUCCUUGAAAGGCAUCCACCCCCAGGCUUGCCAGAUUAUCUUAUCAAGGACAUGAUGCAACAGAUAAUAGAUGCAGUCUACUUCUUGCAUACCAACCGUAUGGUUCAUCGUGACCUGAAACCACAAAAUAUACUGGUAACAAAUAGUGGAAGAAUAAAAGUUGCUGAUUUUGGACUUGCUAGGAUCUACUCCUUUUGUAUGGUUUUAACUUCAGUUGUUGUCACUCUGUGGUACCGUGCACCAGAAGUACUUUUGCAGGCAACCUAUGACACAGCAGUAGAUAUGUGGAGCAUUGGAUGUAUAUUUGCAGAAAUGUUUAAUAGGAGACCACUUUUUCCUGGACGAUCUGAUGCAGAUCAGCUCAACAGAAUUUUUGCUGUUAUUGGAUUGCCAUCAAAAUCAGAAUGGCCCGCAGAUGUCAAUUUACCUUGGUCAGCAUUCGAACGUUAUAUCUCAGUGGAUCAGAACAUAUGGAAAUUUUUGAUUCCAGAAAUGAGUGAAACUGGGAUGACUUUACUCAAGAGAUUGCUUGCAUUUGCACCUGGUGACAGAAUCUGUGCCCAGGAAGCCCUUCAUCAUCCAUAUUUCAAUGGACAUGAUACAGAAAGCAGCCAAGAUUCGGGAAUAGCAAUGUCGCAAGAAGAGACUCCUGCAGUAGAGCAAGAAGAGGAUGUUAAUAGCCACAGCUUUUUGCAAGCAAAUGAAAAUUUAGAAGAAAGUGAAGUACGUGGAGCAGAAAUACCAUCUUUGUCACUUUCUUCACAGAGCUCAGAAGGCGUGGGGACUAGCGUAAAGCGUAAACGGUCAUCAGAGUGUGAGUGCAGUGACAACGAUGAUGAUGAUGAUGACGAAUCUGACAUUAACGUAGGUUCUCCUGAUGCUGAUGAAAGCAAUAGUCAUGUUGAAGAUGUGUACCCUACCAGUUGAAGUCGUUGAACCUGCCGUGUCUUUACCUGAGACGAUGAAAGUUGACCACAGCUCGACGAUGGCCGAAUGUGAAGUGCGUAUUGAUACUGAAAUGCGCUACGGUUGAUAUGUCCUUGUUAAAGUCUAAGGGUUCAUCAAUUUAAAGGUUUGUUGAAUGCUUUGUUUAAAGCGUAGGUAGUGGUGGGUUAAGGAAACCGUACUGUUUAUAUUUAUUUAUUCAAAGUCGUAUUAGUUUUCCUACAUUUGCGGGAAAUUGUCAGUGGGAGCAUAAAACGGCGUUACCUUAUCAAACAUUCUACCAAUCCAUGUUCUGCCAAACACGGAUGUUACAAGAGUUGCUAGGUCUUUAGUCGCCUAGGUAGGAAAAUGUACUGGUAACUAGAGGAUAAGAUGUAGAAAUAAUUAGAUUCCGUUAGAAAGUGAGUGGAUAUGAUUUUAGAUGUUGGAAAUAAGCAAAUUUUUAGUUUUUUACUUAUUUGAUUUUUAGCAGUUAUUGGGGUACCAGUUAGCCUUAGGGUGGUUGGUAUUUUAAUGCUCUUUGACUUUGAUACUGAAGUUGUAUGAAACAUAGAAAUAUGCAUGUCUUAAAGAAACGUUAAUCUAUUUGUGCAUUGUUAGAAUAAUGCCUUGUGGUCGGUCGGAAAUUCAAUGACAUUCCCUUUGUCAUAGAUUUACUGCCUUUUUAAUAAUAUAUAAACCAUGUCAUAUUUUUUUAUUGAAGCACAUUUAUCGAGAUUCAUGCAAAUUCUGCAAAGCUAACAGCUAUUGACAAUAUUUUUUGACAGAUUUUCGUCAUUUGAUCAAAUUUUAUCAUCAUCAUUUCUAAGGUUUUGGAAACUACAUGUUCGCUCAUGCCUAAACACAUAAAAUUGUCCAGCUGAUUUCCAAAUUGAUAUUUUAUCAUUAAAAUGAGUUAAUUCGUGGGAAGGUUAAAAAAUUGUAAAACUAUCAACCAUGUACAUGGCGUUAUUACCCUCAGGCCACUUUUUAUCAAACAUGGUCCAUGCAUUUUUUCCAGAAAUCGAUUAAAAAGCGUUUGGUAGGGGCAGAUCAUAUUUUCGCCUGAAGAAAAUUCACUAGGUCCAAUGCACUGAAAUGAGGCACAAGGAAGGUGUUAUAACUGCUCACACCCAUCACCCCCCCCCACUGUGCGGUAGCUGGCGCCGCCACGGGUUGAAGGUAGCUUUAAAAUUUGCAAUAUUUAGUUUGCUGUUGUCAAUUAAAAGACGUCAACUGUGUGUAGCUUUGUAGUGCACCUACUCUUUUCUAAAUAACUGCUGCAUUGUCGGCCUGUUUUUAGCGCGUAUCAUAUUGCAAUUCUUUUGAAUUGUCUUGGUUUCACGGCAUCGUGAAUUCUGUUUUGGAAACCAGCAGGCUCCCUGCUAUAAGUAUUCACGGCGUGAAAUUUAUUUAGUUUUAUCAGCAUUUUUAGGUUUACAUUGUAUAUAGUUACAUUUGUUCAUAAAGUGUGCUUUUAGUUGAUAUGAUGUUGUUUAUCGCUAGAUUGUCAGUAUAUAUCCUGCCGAAAUUAAGUAAAACUUUUAAAACCCCAAUUCUAAUGUUUUUCUGCUCAGAUAAAAAGUUUAAAAAUAUUUUCUAGAGUUUGCGUUAAUUGGUCUUACGAAAAAUACGAUAUAAUCCAGCCGGACUGAUUUCACGUAGUACUGAAAUUUGACAAGUCGUUAUGCAACGACACGUUUCAAAAAAGACUCUGUGCGACAGACGUGGACCAGAUCUGAUCUAAAAAUAUUAGGAUAAUACCAGAAUUUGACUGUGAACUGUGAGAUGUUCGACCAGCAACCAUUUCAAAUAUUGGCAACCUUGAAGCGGACACUAAACUUUUAAACAGGAUCCGGUCUAGGUUAAGUCCAUACAAUUCAUGGAAGUGUCCGGAUAGCGGUUUCAAAAGCACACGGAUCAUUGGUUCCCUUGUUUAAGUCUACCGGGCUCUUUGGAUCUGACGUAUAGACUUUUCUUGCACAUGAUGUUUACCAGAUUCUGUGUCUUUAAAUGUAGAAAAUUAAGGCUGAAUAAAAGUAAAGACAUUUGCAAGGGCAAACUGCUCAUUAUUAUAGAGGUGAUUUGUCAAUUGUUUUUAUGUGAACCUAAUGUAUCUUUAAAUUAAUUGGCGAGUUUGGUAAUGAACGACGACUCAGUGUUCUAUCCUGUUUGAAAUAAGCUUAGGCGAUUAUGCGAUGUUUAUAAUUUCAAUUAUUUUACAAAGAUUUUUGUUUUUUCGUGUUAACUUUAAACAGUGAAAGAUUCGUAAAACCGUUUUAAAGCAUUUUUGUAACUUUUCAAGUUCAUUUUUUUACAUGUUUUCAUGGUGAUUAGUUUUUAUGUAUCGAGUUUUAAAUAGCAAGAGUAUAUACUUAUAUUUUUGUUAUCCUAAUACAUAUAUAUACAUAUAAAUGUAUCUAUACGAAUACUCAUAAAAUCA